UGCCCCGGCGUCUUCGCCUGCCCCCACACAUCCGCAGGUUUUCGGCCAUCGGGCGCUCCUCCUCUCCGUUUUCGCGAAGCAGCUCGGCACCCGCAGCCCGCUGGCGAGAUUCCCGGAGGAGCAGGAAGGGGAGCAGCAGCCGUCGGAACACCCGCAGGAGAGAAUCCAGGAGGAGCAGGAAGGGGAGCAGCAGCCGUCGGGGGGAAGAAGAAGAAGAUGUCGUACCUGCUGCCGCAUCUCCACUCGGGGUGGGCGGUGGACCAGGCCAUCCUCGCCGAGGAGGAGCGCCUCGUCAUCAUCCGCUUCGGCCACGACUGGGACGAGACCUGCAUGCAGAUGGAUGAAGUGCUGGCAGCAGUAGCUGAGACCAUAAAGAACUUUGCAGUCAUCUACCUUGUUGACAUCACAGAGGUCCCUGAUUUCAACACUAUGUACGAGCUGUAUGACCCUUCUACGGUGAUGUUCUUCUUCCGGAACAAGCACAUCAUGAUUGAUCUUGGGACAGGAAACAACAACAAGAUCAACUGGGCCCUGAAGGACAAGCAAGAGUUCAUCGACAUCGUGGAGACUGUUUACAGGGGCGCCCGGAAAGGCCGUGGUCUGGUGAUUGCUCCAAAGGACUACUCCACAAAGUACCGUUACUAAGAAGUGAAGCAUUCACGCGGAGCAGCAGCUGCUGUUUGCUAGCCUAGUAUGUUCCCCUUAUGCAAUCUAUUAGGGGAUGUUUACUCAGACAGUCAGUUCGACUGGCAAUGCUUAACUGUAUCUUGGCAUGCCCUAGUAUAUUCAAGUUGCUGGCGUUAACUAUAUCUUGGCAUGCCAAAGUGAUCUUGUGAAGUUGUGAUUUGAGGUGAUUGCUGGAGUACCCCCCCCCAAAAAAAAAAGGAUUUGCGUUCUCCCUCCCUUUGGAAUGGCUAUAUGUUUACUAAUGAGAAACAGUUACAUGUUUGGAACGUGGGAACUGUGCUUUGCUAUUUUGUAUGAACGAGUGCCCCUCAAUCUGUAAGUCCAAUAUAAAUUGAGCUCUUUUUGAU